AUUUUUUCAGAAUGGAUGUAAAACUUUUGACCCACUGCAUUCCUGCGAAAGACCUGAAGGUCAGUUUUUCAGCAUCACAUGAUGCAGUAAAUGAAAGCGUGUUAGCCGAAAAUGUCACAGUGUAUUCUAGCACAGAGUCGAGUUCUCAGGCUUCAAGAAAAAUAUUUGCAAGAGACCUAACUAGAUAUGACUGGGAACAAAAAUAUCACACAGGAAAUUUGGUUACUUCAAAUUCUGAAUAUUUUGCCUAUGCUUUACGAGGUUUGCAGACAAACUUUUGCAUUCGAAUUAUGCAUCGACAAACCGGUAGCAAGACGCUCAUCAAGAACUUUGUACACAAUAUCUGCGAUCUUGCUUUUGCCUCGCAUUCAAAUGUUAUUCUUGGAGCUGUGGAUGUUAUGGGAAACUUCAGUAUUUGGGAACUGAAAAAUAAAGGGGGUUCGACUCUUGAUUUCACUGUUCUUUGGUCUGUCAAAACCUCAGAUGCAGUUUCGUCUGAUAACCACAGGUUGAAAUGGCAACCAAUGAUGGGCCCGCCAGUUUGCGAAGGUGACUCAGAUAGCCAACUAGUGGAGCCGCCGCCCCUUUUUGUGGUCACAACUGACAAAACGGUGAAUGUGUUUGAUCUCGAUACGUUGGCAAUGAAAUAUGAAGAUCAGCGUGAUCUCAACUUAAAAGACAUAAGUGACUCGUACAUUUGCAUCAAAGACAACGGAGGAGUUGUUACGGACUGUGAUGUUUCGCCCGAUGCUCAAAUCCUUGCAACAGUCUCACAAGAUGGAUGCAUGAAAUGUUUCCAACUCUUAUUCGACAAAACCCCGCCGUCCUCAAGAUGUCUGCAAAACUUUCAGCCGCAUAGCAAAAGCAGCAAAUUGUCAUCUCUGCUUUUCUGUGAUAACCACAGGGAUCCACAUGUUACAGAAUCUUUUUGGCGGUUCUUUGUUACAGGAGCUGAUUUCAACCGAGAAAUCAAACUGUGGUGCGCUUCGACGUGGAAGCUGCUUCAGACUAUAACAUUCGAGCGAGAUCCGCAGCCCAUGAUGAAAGCAGCGAUGGAUCCUACGGGUCGCUAUGUAGUUCUUACUGAUGUAAUGAGAGAAAUCAUGUACAUUUUAACUCUGAAAAAACACCAGAACAAAGAUAAAUCUGGAUACGCUGCUUUCUUUGUAUGCACUGAGUAUAAAUUAUCCUCUCCUGUACUUUCAUUCUCAAUCUGGCAAAUUCAGACGGAAGAAGACGAUGACGAUGAACAUGACAGAGGGUCAAACGAGGUCGUCAUAAAAAUGACUUCAAUUAACACGAAAACUAUGCAGGAACUCGAAGUCAGAGUGACGUCUGACUUGUUCAACCCAGGCACUCACUUGAUUCCGAAAGGUUUAGCUGCUGCUGUUCCAAUCAAGCCUCAGGUGUUGCCUGUUCCAAAGCCAGGUGGUGAGAAUAACAACAAUGAUCAGGAGGAGUUUGAUAAUCAAGAUGGAAGCCAAGACGAAGAAUUCACGGACGUUGAUUCAAUCAACGAAGAAAUUGAGCCUGUUAAAAUGGCCAAUUUGAAAAGCAGAGCAACAGAAGAGGAAUCGUUGGACAUAGAGAUAGAAUGUGAAGAGAUCGAAACUCUAGAUGAUGACAAUGAUGACUCUAACGAGCUUUUGGGUCCGAACUCAUUUGGGGAGAAGUCUGCUGCUUCAAAAACCAAAGUACAAGCUACGAACGGGCAAGACGCAAAGAACAGUAGCAAUUUCGGAGGCUUCGACUCCUGGGACGAUGACCCGAAUAAUUCACAACUCACGAAUGUCACGCAAAGUCCGACACUGAUGCCAGGAUUCAGUGGACCCACGAAGAAACCCAACACGCCAAAACUUAGUCGGGAGAACUCAGAAAUAAAUGACAAUGUAAUGAAGUUUUUCCAGACGCCCCAAGGACCCGAUCGACAGAAGAAAAAUGAAUCUGACGCGGAUGCAUUGAAGGCACUUAUUGGAAUCGGAGGAACAACAUCUGAAGAGAAAAAGAACAAACAUAAAUCUAAUAACCAAAAUCACAUACAGGCACACCCUGCUGGGGAUUCCGCGCAACCAUUGAUUAGCUUAGCGCCUAGUGCAUCACCUGCAGUUACAACUCAGGUUGACAUGAGUGAAAUUCUAUCUGCUUUGAAGACCAUUCAGGAUAAUCAAACAAUGCUUGAAAAGAGAUUGGACAAGUUGUCAGCGUCGAUAGUAGCGAAUCAGAAAGAAUCCAAAACUGUUCUAAAGGAUACAAUUGGAAGUCAAGUCAAGAAUGAGAUGAAGCUGCAAGUUGUCCCUACUGUAAACAAAUAUAUGCAGCCUAUUGGAGACAAUGUAAGCACGUUGGUGUCUCAGAAAUUGACAUCUACUGAUGCUGUUAUGAAAGAGCAAGUUAAGAAAAUACUGUCGAGCAAACAGCUCUCAGAAACUAUUGGGAAACAAGCUGCAGCCUCUGUGGAAACAGUUAUCAACCAGAAAUGCCGUGAGCUAUUCGAACAGAAGUUGGCACCCCAGUUUGCGAGAGCAAUGGAAGAGUCUACGAAACAAGUAGCACAUGUAUUCCAGAGUGGCACUAGUGAGUACAUGAGGGCACUGGAAGCACACGGGAAGCUACAGAGUGAUCAGAGCCAGAAGUACCUGGAGGCACAUGUGGGUGCAGUGCAGAAACAACUGGGAACCAGUCAGGCGGACAUCCAGAAAGUGGUCAGAGAGACUGUCAAGGCCGAGUUGCACAGUAUGCGUGGUGAGAUGCAGCAGAGUCUGUUGGGACUGCAGAAGAGUCUGAGUGGGGAGUGGCAGAGUGCGAUGGGGGAGCAGAACAGACAGCUGCAGACCACUCUCCAAACACAGUUGAGACACAUACAGAGACAAGUCACAGCCGCCACUCCAGUCCCUGAAGGAUCGCAGCAAAAUCACAUCGAUGUGCGUCCUCUGGUCGAGGAGGAGAUCAAGAAGCAAAAUUACGACAAGGCGUUUGAAAUCGCACUGACGGCUGCAGAUGUUACACUAGUGUUGCACGUAUGCGAAACACUGGGCUCAAACAUCGAGAAACCCAACUUCAAAUUGAGCAUUCCAAACGUGCUUGCACUCCUGCAACAAUUAAGUUGCAACCUACAAUCGUGCAAUCGUGUCGAACUGAGACUUCAUGUUUUGGAAGCGUCUUUGAUGAAAUUGGACCCAAUGGAGCUUUGCAAGUACCCGAAGUUUGACAGGUCUCUCUCGGCUUUGGAACGAGAGCUGACGAAGUAUCAUCAAACGAAGGGACGAACUGAUCCGUUCUUUGGAAAAGUUAAGAUGCUGGCAUCGGCUGUCCGUGAUAUGACGGCGGAAACGAAAGGCUUGGUCGCAUAACAAGUUAUUGGAAAAGGAAGAAGAUUCAAGUUGAUUACUAGCUAGAAACGGAAAGAGUAGAGUGAGUUAGGAUCUCUUUUGACAAUGUGAACAGCAUUUUGUGUAGUUUGAACUGAUGAUUUUAAUGUAAUGACUUUUUUCAUUGAUGUUUUUGUUGUGAGCGUUUUAUGGAAGGAAUAUAAUGAUCAAUUUUA